GUGAGUUCUUCCAUGACUACUGCUUUAGGAUUCUAUACACUGAUUGAAGUUGUUCAAGAAGUUUGACUUUAUUUCACGUAUUUAGCUAUCGUGUCGACGGCCCUUGCCAGCUUAGACCGAACUAUUAUACAGCGAUGGAGAGCCAAGCAGAGGAACCAAAGCAGACAUACAAGUCAUUCAAAUCGCACAACAGAGAAUACAGAAGCUGACCACAAUUCACAAUAGGAAGAAGUUUCGGAAGAUGAAGCAGAAAUUUGAUGCUGCUAUGCAACAAAGCAACGACCUCUUCAUCCAAGAACAGCAUGCUGUCAAAACCGCAAAGCGUCUUGCACAAGAGAACGAUCAAAUACUCGACCUCCUCCUCGAUGUGAAUAACUCUGCGCAAAUACCAAUCGAUAAGCGCAUCGAUAUCUCCUCAGAAGUCCCACCAGGCGACAGCUCCAUCCCUGGCCUCAUCACCGACGAUGACAUCGACAGCAUCGGAUCCCUACAAACAUCAGAAGGCCAAGCCCUCAUGGCAGAACUACGCACCAUGCUCACCGAACGAGCAGCACUCAACAACGCAUCCCAAGCCCCUACGAAAUCCUUCGCCCACCUCACAUCCAGCACCCCUCACCUCUCCUCCCAAAGCGCCUCCCUCCCCACCGAACUCACCAAGUCCCUGGACCCCGAACCCCCAGAAACAGUCCCCUACUCCUACCUAACCCCCGACCAACUCGACGACUACCUCUACGACAUCGACGCCUCGCUCGGCACCGUCCCGCCCUUCCCCCCACACUUCCACCCGCAAGACCUCGCCUUUGGAAACCACCACUCACCCUACAACUGGCUCCGCAGAAACCAACCUCAAAUCUUCCUCCAAGACGGCGAAGGCUCCGAGAAAUCCCACGGGAAACCUGGUGCUCUCCGCGGAGCAGGGAAACGGGCCUCGAUCCCCGCGCCCUCUAAGCCGGACGCCCUUGAAAUCGUCGAAGAAGACGGACAAGGCUACGAUUUCGCGCUUGGUGGCGGUCCUUCUACCACGAAAGGAAAGCGUAAGAGAGGAGAGGAUGAUGAUGGAGGGUACUAUCCAAAGGCUGGAGGAAAGGAGGCCAAGAAACCGAGGGCGUCGAAGAAGAAGAAGGGGGGUGAGGAAGGGGAAGGAGCUGUUAAGGAGAAGCCGGCCAGUAAGAGAGCGAGGAAACCGAAGAUUCCGAGUCCAGAUCCUGAUGCGCAUCCAUUUGGGCCGAUGUGAUGGUUUUUUUAAUCUUUC